UGGAUGCUCUUCAACGAAUAAUCAGAACAAUGGGAGCUACAUAUUGGAAGUUUAAUGGGGAUUCUUGCCAAAUUGAAAUGGUUGGGUUAACACCACAACCACCAAGGGGAUCUGAGCAAAGCAUUGUUUGUGAAAAUUUCUCUGAGAAGAACCGCACUGCCCUUCAUGUCAUACGCAUUGUUCUAAAGGGGUAUAGUCUUCCUGGCAUGCUUCCACCUGACCUGGUCGAGCUUCAAUACCUCCGAGAGAUAGAUUUUGCUUACAAUUACCUUGGUGGUACGAUACCACGUGAAUGGGCUUCAACACAAUUGAAUUCAAUCUCUCUACUUGCUAACCACUUAUCAGGGGAAAUUCCAAAGGAAUUGGGAAAUAUCGCCAGUCUCACAUACUUGAACCUUGAAGCAAACAAAUUUUCUGGCGUUCUUCCUCCUGAGCUUGGGGAUUUAAUUAAUUUGAAAACUCUGAUGCUAUCUUCUAAUCAGUUCUUUGGAAAUUUGCCAACUACACUAGCUGGACUUAGAAACAUAACAGAUUUUAGGAUAAAUGAUAACAACUUCACUGGACCAAUACCAGAUUUUAUACAAAACUGGAAACAACUUACAAGAAUAGAAAUGCAAGCAAGCGGACUGGAGGGACCUAUUUCAUCAAGCAUUUCUCUUUUGGAUAAGUUAACUGAGUUGAGGAUUAGUGAUAUGACUGGGAAAAGUCAAGGUUUUCCUUUGCUGAACAACAUGACUGGCAUAAUAAACUUGGUUUUGAGGAAUUGCAACAUUUCUGGAGAAAUCCCUGCAUACAUCUGGAAAAUGAAGGAGUUGGAAAUGUUGGAUGUCAGUUUCAACAAGCUAGUAGGUGAAGUUCCAAGUGACUUAAGUUUAGCCAAGGCACUGAACUAUAUCUACUUAAGCGGCAACUUGCUAAGUGGAAAUAUACCGGACUUAUUCUUGAAGAAAGGAAGUAGUAUUGAUCUAUCCUACAAUAACUUUUCAUGGCAAGGCCCUGAGCAACCUGCUUGUCAAGAGAACAUGAAUUUGAAUGUUAACUUGUAUCGGAGCUCUUCAAUGGAGAACAACCUAAGGGCUGUUCUUCCAUGCUCAAAGAAUGACAAUUGUCCACAAUAUGCAUGUUCUUUCCACGUUAAUUGUGGUGGAGAUGAUUUAACCAUCAAAGAAAGUAAAAGAAAAGUUUUCUAUGAAGGAGAUGCAGAAGUUGAAGGUGGUACUGCAAAAUAUUUUAGAAGUAAAAACAGUUACUGGGGAUUGAGCAGCACUGGGGACUUCAUGGAUGAUAACAAUGACCAAAACAUGCGUUAUAUUGAAACUCUCUCAUCAGGGAACAUAUCUGGAGUGUAUACUACAGCUCGCCUUUCCCCUCUUUCACUGACUUAUUUUGGCUAUUGCUUAGAAAAUGGGGAUUAUACUUUACAGCUGCAUUUUGCUGAGAUAUAUUUCACAAAUGACAAAACAUAUGAUAGUCUUGGGAAACGCUUGUUUGACAUUUAUAUUCAGGAGCAAUUGGUGCAUAAGGAUUUUAAUAUUGAAGAUGAGGCUCGUGGAGCACGAAAGCCAGUUAUGAAACAAUUUAACACAAGUGUAACAAAUAAUGUCUUAGAGAUCCGAUUUUAUUGGGCUGGCAAAGGAACAACACGAAUCCCUAGCAGAGGAGUUUAUGGCCCUCUCAUAUCAGCUAUUUCUGUGCAUCCAAAUUUUAAAUCUUGUUCAAGUAGUGGAAAAAAGGGAAUGACUGCUUAUAUCAUUGGUGGAGUGGUAGGAUUAUGCAUUAUUCUAUUAAUAUUGGGUUUCCUUCAGUGGAAAGGUUGUUUGAGAGGCAGAAAGAGGGAAGAAAAAGAUCCCGAAGGUCUAGAUUUGCAAACAAGUUCCUUUACCUUGAAGCAAAUAAAAAAUGCCACCAACAACUUUGAUUCUGCAAACAAGAUUGGAGAAGGUGGUUUUGGUCCGGUUUUUAAGGGUCUGUUAUCUGAUGGUACCACAGUUGCAGUGAAACAGCUUUCGUCUGGAUCAAGGCAAGGUAAUCGUGAAUUUUUGAAUGAGAUAGGCAUGAUUUCUUGUUUGCAACACCCAAAUCUGGUGGAACUUCAUGGGUGUUGUGUUGAAGGAGAUCAAUUGUUGCUGGUAUAUGAGUACAUGGAAAACAAUAGCCUAGCCCGUGCUUUGUUUGGUCCAGAAAAUAGUCAGCUGAUACUGGAUUGGCCAACUAGGCUUAAAAUCUGUAUUGGGAUUGCUAAAGGAUUGGCUUUUCUCCAUGAAGAAUCGAGACUCAAGAUUGUACAUAGAGAUAUUAAAGCUACUAAUGUGCUUCUUGAUAGAGACCUAAACCCUAAAAUAUCUGACUUUGGAUUGGCUAGGCUCGAUGAUGGAGGGAAGAGCCACAUUAGCACCAGGAUUGCUGGAACCAUAGGAUAUAUGGCACCAGAGUAUGCACUAAGGGGUUAUCUGACGUACAAGGCUGAUGUUUACAGUUUUGGUAUUGUGGUUCUGGAAAUUGUUAGUGGAAAAAACAACAACGAUUAUAUGCCAAGUAACAGUUGCUUUUGUCUUUUAGACUGGGCCUGUCAUUUGCAACAAAGUGGAAAGCUUCUGGAGCUUGUUGAUGAGGCGUUGGGGUCUGAAGUCCGUGAAGAAGAAGCAGAAAUGAUGGUUAAAAUAGCUAUCUUGUGCACAAAUGCAUCCCCAUCACUUAGGCCUACUAUGUCUGAAGUGGUGAGCAUGCUUGAAGGAAGGAAGCCUACUCCUGAUAUAAUCCUGGAACCAAAUUCCCACAAUGAGGAUGUGAGGUUUAAAGCCAUAAGAGACUUUCGUCAGGAAAAGCGAAACCAGAGUUUGACUGGAAUCCAAACCCAGAAUUCAACAGCUCUUACAGAGCUUUACCAUUCCUCUGCAUCUGGCGUUGAUUUCUGUGAAAUCAACCCUGCUUCAAAAUCCUGUUAUCAAGCAAAUUCAAGGAGAGAGAUGGCCACAGUUGUUCAUAUUCCCCUGCUCAUCUUGCUUCUACAUACAUGCUUUGGCUCAACAAGUGUUGAAGCACUAGCUGGACAUCUUCCUGAUGAAGAAAAGGGAGUUCUGGAAGAAAUAGCUGAACAAUUGGGCAAGAAGGAUUGGAAAUUUGAACUAAACCCUUGUGAUGGGAACUCCAACUGGAACACACUAGGCUCGAUAUCAAAUCCAUUCUAUAACAAUACAAUCACCUGCAAUUGCUCCUUCCCUAAUGGUGAAUGCCAUGUUGAUAGCAUAUCUCUCAAAGGGCAGGAUCUUGCUGGUGUGCUUCCACCUGCCCUAGCGAAACUAUCCUACCUCAAAACAAUUGAUUUGGCUAGGAACUAUCUCAGUGGUAACAUACCCCCUGAAUGGGAAACUACAAAGUUAGAAACUCUGUCCAUUUCUAUGAACCGAUUAUCAGGACGAAUCCCAAACUUCUUGGGGAAUAUUACCACCCUUAAAAAUUUGGGUCUUGAGGCCAACCUGUUUUCUGGAACAGUUCCCCCUGAGCUUGGCAAACUGGUCGACUUGCAGAAGCUCAUUCUUAAUUCUAACAAUCUCACUGGACCAUUGCCUCAAGCGCUUGCUCACCUAACUAAUUUGAAAGAGCUUAGGAUUAGCAGCAACAAUUUCACUGGAAAAAUACCCAGUUUCAUUCAAAGUUGGAAGCAACUUGAGCAAUUAGAGAUCCAAGCUAGUGGUUUGGAAGGGCCCAUACCUUCUAAUAUUUCAGUCUUGAGUAAUUUAACUGAACUCCUUUUGCCAUUUUUUUUUCUUGAUGGGAUUCUAUGCAGAAGAAUUAGUGACUUAAAUGGAGAGGGUUCCACGUUUCCACCCCUAAGAAGCAUGAAAAGAAUGUACAAGUUGAUGUUGAGGGGCUGUAAUAUCUCAGGACCAAUCCUCCCAUAUAUAGCAGAGAUGACAGAAUUGAGAUUUUUAGAUCUCAGCUUUAACAAGUUGAACGGAGAGAUUCCAAAUCUUGAUGGCCUAACAAACGUGGAGGUCAUGUGUCUGACAGGCAACCGGCUUAAUGGAAAUAUUCCAGAUGGAAUCAAGGGAAGGCAGAGCCGCACUGAAAUAGAUCUUUCUUACAAUAACUUCUCUGAGCAAUCUGCACCGCCCUCUUGUCGAGAUAGCUUGAACUUGUUCAGAAGCUUUUCUGAGGAGGGGAACUUAGAACUUGGUGGGUGCCUGAAAAACUAUCCUUGUCAAAAAGAUCGUUAUUCAUUGCAUAUAAAUUGUGGUGGAGGGAAAUCUACGGUUGGAAAUGUUGUUUAUGAAGGGGAUCAAUAUGAAGGAGGUUCAGCAAAAUUUCAUCCUAUGACUGAUUAUUGGGGAUUUAGUAGCACUGGACACUUCUGGGAUCAUAACAGAAGCAUAAAUGAUUACAUAGCACAAAAUGUAUCCGUACUUGGAAUGAACCACUCUGAGUUGUACACCAGAGCACGACUUUCUCCUCUAUCUUUUACUUACUAUGGGCGCUGCUUAGCGGAUGGGAACUAUACAGUAAAAAUUCACUUUGCAGAGAUAAUUAUCAGAGGCAAUAAAUCCUUUCAUAGCCUUGGCAGACGAAUUUUUAAUGUUUAUAUUCAGGGAAAGUUGGAAUUGGAGGAUUUUAAUAUUGUACAAGCAGCACAAGGGGUUGAUAAGGUAGUUGUAAAAGAAUUUAAAGUAGUUGUGAAGAACAAAACUUUAGAGAUCCGCUUUCAUUGGGCUGGCAAGGGAACAACAGCUAUACCAAGCAGAGGAACUUAUGGUCCUCUCAUAUCAGCUAUUUCUGUGGAAUCUGAUUUCAAGCCUCCUUCUAAUGGCAAAAAGAAGAUACUCAUUGCAGUUCUAGUUUCAGUAUUGGUUUUCAUUUUCACAAUUUUGGGCCUUAUUUGCUGGAAAUGCUACUUUGGACUGAGAACAUCAAGAGAACAAGAGUUGAGAGGAUUAGAUCUGCAAACUGGUUUAUUUACCUUGAGACAAAUUAAAGCUGCUACAAACAACUUUGAUGCUGCAAACAAGAUUGGGGAAGGAGGUUUUGGAUCUGUCUACAAGGGUACAUUAUUAGAUGGUACCAUAAUUGCAGUGAAGCAACUUUCCACCAAGUCAAAGCAAGGAAGUCGUGAAUUUGUGAAUGAAAUUGGAAUGAUUUCUGCUUUACAACACCCAAAUCUUGUAAGAUUAUAUGGAUGUUGUGUUGAAGGAAAUCAACUGAUAUUGGUAUAUGAAUACAUGGAGAACAAUAGUCUCGCUCGGGCUUUAUUUGGUCAAGUGGAAUACCGAUUAAAUUUGGACUGGUCCACGAGGCAGAGGAUUUGUGUUGGCAUAGCAAGAGGUUUGGCUUUCCUGCAUGAAGGAUCAACACUGAAAAUUGUUCAUAGAGACAUAAAAGCAAAUAAUAUACUACUUGAUAAGAAUCUUAACCCUAAGAUCUCUGAUUUUGGUCUGGCGAAACUUGAUGAAGAAGAGAACACCCAUAUUAGCACCAGAGUUGCUGGAACCAUAGGAUACAUGGCACCAGAGUAUGCAUUAUGGGGUUAUUUAACCUAUAAAGCUGAUGUAUACAGUUUUGGGGUUGUUGCUUUGGAACUUGUUGCGGGGAAGAACAACAUGAAAUAUAGACCAAAUGAGGAUUACGUUUGUCUUCUAGAUCGGGCCUUUGUUUUACAACAGAAGGGAAAUUUAAUGGAGCUAGUGGAUCCAAACUUGGGGACUCAGUUCAAAAAGGAAGAGGCCAUAAGGAUGAUUAAAGUUGCCCUACUAUGCACCAAUGCAUCUCCCGCACUUAGACCUACCAUGUCUGCAGUGGUGAGCAUGCUCAAAGGUCAAACUGUCGUUCAGGAAUACCCUCUGAAUCCUCGUAUUUAUGGUGAUGAAUUUGGGUUUGAAGCCCUCAGAGGCCAGCAUGAUCAGACACAAUUACAGAGCUCAAGUGAAAUUGAGCCCCUCACUCAUUCAUCACGUACAGCACGGAGUGGAUCUUCCUUUACAUCUUCCCAAGAUCUAUAAAAUGUCUCUACCUUGCCUUGUAUUAAUUCAGUCAUGGUGAGAAUUUUUCUUUGGUAGCUAGUAUUUUGUCAGUGUUCUACUUAUUGUUGGAAGUUGUUACUUCAUUUUGAGGCAAAAGUGAUCCAUUUUAAUUCCAAAUACAAAGAAAAAGUACUUUCAAAUUGCUUAUCAAACAGUAUAUUAUUCAGCCUUCUUGUUAUGCAUUCCAAACCAUAGAUGUCACAUGUUGGUUAACUCCAUUUGUAAAUAAGAAGUAUUAAUAAAGAUCUACAUUCAUUA